AUGUCUGUCGCUCAGAAUGAUAUUCCUUCUGGAUCAAAACUGCCACUCAUUACAGUGGUGGCUAGAGUUGUGACUUUUGUUUCUGCUCUAGUAUCAGCUGUGGUCAUGAAGACUAACAACUCUACCACCGAUAAAUACUCGCUUCGCUAUAAAGAUGUACACUCUUAUCGGUAUGCUCUGUUUACUAUGGUGGUGGGAUUCGCCUAUAGUUUAUUGCUCACUCCCUUUGCAAUAUACUAUCUGAGAAAAGGGAAACUCCUAAUAAACCAAUACGUCUUUCUCCAGUUUCAGCUCUUUGGUGACCAG